AUGAAGUUGCUUUUAUCCAUAUUCGUAUUCAUUUCAUCAAUUGUGGCCCACAACAUCCUCUUACAACCAUACGGCAAACAAUGUUUUUUCGAAAACUUGAAAUCUAACGACGAAUUGGCGCUUUCCUUCCAAGUUGGAUCUCGUCUCCCAUCCAACGCCGACCAAAACGUCGUCGACUUCUAUAUCACCUCACCGCAGGGCAAGGUUCUUGUCAAGCGUACGAACAUCGAUCAUGGUGACGAGUCAGUCAAGGCCAUUCAACUGGGCAAAUACCAAUACUGCUUCUCAAAUGAACAUUCCGGCAAAGCUGACGUCGAUGUCAGUUUCAACAUCCAUGGUACGAUUUAUGUUGAUGCCAAUGAUCCAAAAGCUGAUACUUUAGAUUAUGCUAUACAGAGAUUGAGCGUAUUGACUGAUGAAGUCAAGGCGGAACAGGGGUAUUUGGUGAUUAGAGAAAGAACUCAUAGAAAUACUGCCGAGUCUACCAAUUCUAGGGUUAAGUGGUGGUCAGUUUUCCAGAUUUUUGUCGUUGCCGCCAAUUCGCUUUUCCAAAUUUAUUACUUGAGAAGAUUCUUUGAGGUUAAGUCGGUUGUAUAA